CCCGUCUUUUCAAUUUCAAACGGUUUUCGAUCGUGUAGUGUUUUAUGGCGUUUGUCAAAUUAACUAAACUUUUCGAAAAGUGGAGUUUAUAUCACAGUUAUGUCUAUUUUUAACGAAUUGAUGACAAAAAUCAAUGCAAUAUCUGACGAUAUUGUAAAAAACUUUAAUAAUGACUUACAGGCCGCGUUCGAUUCUCUUGCUAAAUUCGAAGAGGAAUUUCAUAAUGGACGGAGAAAGGCGCGGGAGAAAGCAUCUAAAGAUAUUACCCCUAUGACGACCGUUCACGAGGAUGAAGACGAAUCAACAAAAUCAUUGGACACCGACAACACAAAACGCAGAUCCAGCACAAAAUCUACCACCGACCUCACAGCGGGACGUAGCUCCUCGGAAAGUAACCCAGAGAAGCCUCAACGAGCUUCUAAGAAACGCAGCAAACAUGAAGUGGACGACAUGUUGAGCCCCGAACAGGAUAAGAGACAGAAACGCAACGCUUCUGUUAAGGCACAGAGUAUUAUUAGUAAACAGGUGAACGUAAACUUAUCGGCAAAGCUCCGUCGAGAGGAUACAGAGAAGACAUCAAAAGGUCGACGGCGUAAAGAAGAUGACAAGGAAAACUCUGAACCGCUGCUCAAUAUACAAAUCAAACAAGAGAAGAUCUCACUACCACCAGAACCAAUGGAUGCAGAAACUUUGCCUCUUGAAGCUGAGAUAUUAGUUAAGAAGGAAGUUGAUGAUCUUGCUAUGCCUCCACCAGCCAUGCCUGUGCCCCGGCCACGUAAAGCAGCUGCCAAAGAGAAGGCGGAUGACAGCGCUGAGGAGUCUGCAGGCAAGAAGAGGAGCACUCGGAGCAGGAAGCAGACCAACGAUAAUGCAGCACCUCCCGUGGCAUCGACGCGGUCGACUCGCGCCAGCUCCCGCUCGACGCGACAGCUCGACGCCGACGACCUGCCGCCGCCCGACGCCCGCCCCAAGCGGACACGGGCUAAGAAGAAAGUAUCAGAGACGCCGGAACCAGAGAAAGUGGCCGCAGCACAAGAAAGUGCCCCAGCUUCACCGGCUGAAAAACCACGGCCCAAGAGAACAAGACGAGGACAGAAAGCUGCAGAAAAACAAGAAGAGAAACCAGAGGAAAAGCCUACAGAAAUCGCCCCACCACCCACAAUUUCACCAAAAGAAGAAAGACUAUCAAACCACGAUGUUUCUUCCCCUAUAUUACAAAAGGAAAUUACUAAGAAAGGCAAAAAGAACCCUAUCGUUGAGGUCACAAGGCUGAAUUUAGAUGAAACUGAUGCGGAAACUAUGAAAGUGGGAAAUAUAGGGGAUAUGGAUAAAACUGUUGUUAUACCAAAUGGUGUUUAUAGUCAUGCACCUCUUACGCCUAAGAAUGUGCGCAAUAUGAACGAAACUGUAGUGAUAGAAGCAGCGAGCAGAGAAACUAUGGUGAUAGAAAAGCCACAAAACGCUAUCAUGGAUGCUACCGUUGUACUUGAUAAAGACCCCAAACCAGUGAAUUUAACAGAUGAUAACUCGUUACUGACGGAUGACGACGACUCGCAGGAAAUUCACACGCCGCCCAAACAAGCGCCGCCGAUAAUACAGCCCACAUCUGCAGUAAAAGAGAAAGUGCAACAAUUCGAAGAAUUAGCUUCCAGAGUUACCAGGACGAAAACAAGAGCAAUGGCUAAAAAGGAGGAAGAACCAGAGACCCACACUCCCCCCGACAAGAUAGUGAAACCAGUACUAUCUGCUGAAACUCUCACCAAGAUGAACAGUAUGAUCUUCAAUGGGAAACCACCACAGAUAUCAAGUUCAGCCACGAAACCUAGAGCCAACAUAGUGACAUCGACCAAGACUAUGAUUCCGUCAUCCACGUCGAAGCUGAGCGGCAUCUCCCGCGCCGCGGAGGAGCUGAAGCGCGAGAGAGAGGAUGCAAGGAAGAAGAAGGAAGCCAUGCUGGAGGCUAAGAGGGAGUUGCAGAAGAAAAAACGCGAAGAGAAAAUGGCAGCGGCGGCUGCAGCUCGCGAGGCGGCCGAGCGCGAACGGCGCGCGGCGCUGGAGGCGGCCGCCAGGGAGCGGCAAGAGAAGCAGGCGCAUGCUGACCUGGGGAAACUCGAGAGACUCAAGGAGGUCGAACGGAAAAAGCAAGAGCUAGCACGUAAAGUGGCAGAAACAGAAGAGAGGAGACGGGCGGAGGAGCAGGCUCGACAGCAGAGACUGGCGGAGGAGCAGCGCCGAGCUGACGACGCCAGGAGGAAGCAGCUAGAGGAGGCCGCCGCAAUGAAGAAAGAAGCGGCGUUUAUGGCGAAAGAAAUAGAGAAGAGACAGAAGGAGUAUAUAGAGAAACAGAAAAUGAAAAGAAUGGAAGACAAAUCCCAUACCCCACUAAAGCUCGGCACAGCAGGUUGGCACGGUUCAGCGCUAUCUCCCGUAUACAUGGCGGACGGCUUCCAGUACCUCAACUCUGAUGAGGACGAGGAGCCCGCGGAGAGACCCAUUCCUGAGUGGAGUACGUCUAAAGCACGUAAAACCCAGCUAUCGAUCCAGAGCCUGGUGCAGCCCUCGCACGUGGACCGCCUGUUCAGCGUCCGCGUGCACAGCCCCGACCUGCGCGAUAUCUUCCCCAACAUCGAGCGAGCACGGCUCAAGAGGACGUCUUCUGCCGUGUGGCGUACGCCGGAGAGACUGCCUGCGCUAGCUGAGUGAUAGCAUAUCUAAAUGGCUGUGUGAAUAGUAUAUCCAUUGGCAGGCGUCGCGGCGUCUUGUACAUAGUGUAGCUGAUUACAAUACAUUAGUGUGCUCACUUGAGUGCGUUAGAGAACUAGUGUUGUACAACACGAAUUGUAUAUCGAUAUGUAUGUAUUGUCGACUUUUAGGGAGGUAUGUAAUGUUGGGGUCAGUUAAAAGUAGCAUAAAUAAAAAACUAGCUUGCGAAACCGGGUUUACCCGUGCCCCGAGGGAAAUAGUUCGCGCAUCUGGAUAAAAACUAGCCUUAGAACCCUCCUCGAUAAGUUGGCUAUCUAAAACGAAACAUUUUAAGAUUCUCACCACUAUCUAUUGAAUUGAGAAGACAGUAAUCUAUCGUUAUAGUUUUCUGCUGUUUCACCCGCGUCCCGUGGGAACUACUGCCUGUACCCAUAUAAAAUAUGGCCUAUGUUACUCGGGAAGAGUGUAGUGCCCCAACAGUGAAAGCAUUUUACAGAUCGCUUCAGUAGUUUCGGGGCCUUUUUUGGGUACAAACAAACAAAAAAAAAAUCCUCUUUAAUAUAUUAGUAGGUUAUUUUAAUAAUUGAACGAGACAAUACCUACACUAAUAUAGUAACGUUAAUAUAGAUCAAUAAUUAUAAUAUAUUAAGUUACUUGUUAUCCAAUGUUUAUCGUGUUUGAAUAUAUUUCUUAGUAUUUAGCCAUGUUUCUCUAAGAUCUGAGAUUUUUUGAGAAUUUGUCAGUUUUGUAGCAUUUUGCAUGCCAUGGUUAUGUUCAAUAAUUAUAAUUUUUAAUUAUGAGGAAAUAUUAUGUAAAUGAAGUAUUUGUUAUUGAGAAUAAUUCUGUGUAUUCUACUGAGAAAAGCACAUUGGAGAAUCUCUAUGUGCAAGGGCUAAUUAUAUGUAUAAUGAAUUAAUUAAACGUAACAUUUUUGCAAAACGAUAUACAUAUUUUGUUCCAACUCAAUGGAAUAUAAAGGUAAAGGGUCCGUUCAAACAGGUUCGGAGAGAAGAUCAAAUUCUUAACACGUUGAAAAUUGAGUACUUAGUAUUUAUAGUAAGGUUUAUUUUUAGAUGUGCACUUCUUUUGUCAUUGAGAUUGCUCGAAGGCGCUCGGUGUGAAAUAAGAGGAGCCGAGCGGCUCCGAUCGCGCAGCCUGAACAAUGCGCGCCGAUGCUCUCCGAGCCGGUCUGUUUGAACGGACCCUUAGUUUGCAUGUUGAUUGCACAAAAUCACAAAAAAGACCCCAUUUAUGUAGACGCUUAACUAAAUGUAAACAAUCUUGUUAGAACUUUUACACAAAUACAUAUUAAGCAAAUAAACUACUGCUUACAAUAAUUAUUCGCUUGAAUAAGUAAACUGUACUUUAAACUGACUUUUAGCCGCCGCAUUUUAAUUCUUUAAAAGUGAGUUUUUAAAUAAGAAGUCUUGACAAGAUUGUUUAUCUCUAGUAGAAAAAUGUUUCGAAUGGAGUAUGUUCUGUUGCAAGUUUUUUCUUGUAUUUAUGUCGGCUCUGGAGUAAGGAAAGAUGAGCGGGGAUGCCAUAAUGCAGGUAGAUCAGGCUCCUUCUUCUAGGUCAAAUACGUACGGUGGGCAUGACCAAAAUGAUCAGUUACGGGUGAGCUACCAAGGUGUUCGGGUUUUUGAGAAAACGAUUUUUAGUAUUCCUAAAAAUGGUCGGGAUCCAUAGAAGGCGUAUAAGGGCGGAGACAGUAACGUUCCUCGUCCCCCGAACAGCCACAUUUUGGCGCGCUUCUUUCUUAAGAGAUUUUCCAUUAUGGCAUCUCCGCUAGUCAUUUUGUUCUCCAUGGCUCUUACGAACACAAAUUCUUCAAUUUCAAUACACACAACAUUUAUAUUCUCAUAUAAAAUUAUUUAUUACUCUUUACAAACGCACCUUUAACAAAAGAUCUUAUUCCUGAAAAUGUAUUUAUUUAAUAUCUUAUAAUAAUGGCUAAUAUUAUGUGACCUCUAUUUUACGUUUAGCCUUGCGAUCAAGAUGAGAAUAGGAUUUAUCUUGUAUGGGGCAAAUAUUGUCAUACAGAUCUUGUCCAGCUUUACUUGUCCUAAGAUAGCUACUUGUGAUUUCAUGAUAAUCAAAAUCUAAGAACUAAAUAAUAAAUGGUAUACUUCGGGUGAGUAAAGUUGAAUGACAAGUAAUUUAUAACUCCAAAGGUUUCCUAUUUUUAUUUUAAUCGCAAAGUACCUACGUCCGAAAUCCUAAGUUCAACGGACCUGCCAUAAACACCACAAAUCAUCAUUAUUAUUGUGUAAAUAUUUCCCUAUUUUUGUUGAUACCAAAAUGUAGUAAAUCAUGUUAUUUCAUGCUGUGACGAGCUCACGAGUUUUAGAAUAAUUUUUAACGUUAAGACUGCUAUUGAAUUUUGAUUGUAAGUUAGAAUAAAAAUUUACAGCGAGUA